AUGCUGUCGGUUGAAGCGACACUGUCUGUUUCUUUAGCUCUGCUAUUUGUGUUUUUCGUCCGUUAUAUCCAGCACCGAAAAGAUCCUGCCAGGAAAAUUCAAUGCGCGGUGAGGGGCUUAGUCAUAUCGACUUUUCUCUGGAAUAUAUUGACUUUGUUUCAGCCCAGGUCUGAUGCACACUGGCUCUGGGGCCACGAAUACACCGAAUGGCAAAAUGAAAUUGGCAAAAUGUACUCCAAGUGGGCUAUGGCUCUAGGACCUGUGUAUAGAAUUAAGGCGGCAUUCUUCAAACGCGACAUAAUUGUUGCUACAGAUAACUUUGCCGUGCAUCACAUUCACGCAAAUACUUACCGAUAUCCCAAGGCGCCUGAGUUCCUACCCAUAGUGGAAAGUCAACUCGGAAAAGGUAUAGUAUAUGUUUCAGGCGACGAACAUAGACGCCAACGCAGACUUCUCGCGCCGGCCUUCACUCUCGGUGCUGUGAAAGGGAUGUCUGAUGAUGUUGUCGAAUGGACCCAGAGGUUCAUACAACGAGUGGGAACAUAUGUCGGAUCGCGAGGGGGCGAAACCACGAUAAAUAUUACUCCCUUCCUGUCUGCAUGCACGCUGGAUAUUAUCGGCCGUGUAGCAUUUGGACACGAUUUUCGUAGCGGUGAAUCCCAGGAAGCAAAAGACAUCGCUGAGUCAUGGCACAAGGAUGUCUUGUUUGGGAGAACUAUGCCCGGAUUCCUGUUGCCAAUCAUGAUGUCUACUUUCCCUUGGAUCAGCAAGUUUCCGGCUUUCAAGACGGACGGAGUUGCGAAGCAGGCGGCUCUUAAGCUAGCUAGAGAGUUUCUACGACAGAACCAUGCGCAUCUGGAAAACGGAGAUGGUAAAGAUAUUCUCUCAAUUUUGAUCAGGGACCAGAAACAUUCGAAGCACGCCGGUGAUCGUCUGUCGCAAAAAGCACUACUGGAAAAUGUAUGUUCUACACUUCCUGCAAUGGUUGGACAUGAAACAACAUCCUGCACUGUCAGCUUCACUCUAUUCCAUCUCGCUCGUGACCCCGAAGUCCAAAAAAGACUACGGCAAGAAAUCCAUGACUUGAGUGAUUUUAGUUACGACCACAUUCAAAGCCUGCCCUACCUUGACGUUGUAUGCCGGGAGGGGUUGCGUCUUCAUCCGGCUGGGCCACGGACUGAUCGCAUUGCCCUAGAAGACGAUGUCCUCCCUCUGAGCCAACCACUAACAACGACUGAUGGGAAUGUAGUGUCUUCGAUCGCUAUCAAAGCCGGACAGGUCUUCCAGAUACCUAGUGUGGUUCAAAAUACGGACCCCAAUGUAUGGGGUGAGGAUGCUGCCGAGUUUAAACCAGAGCGAUGGCUUCGUCCUGACGGCGUACCUUCAACUGCUCAAUUACCAUCUGGGCCAUACGGAAACGUCGCAUCCUUCUUGGACGGACCGCGUAGUUGUAUUGGAUGGCGGCUCGCUCUCUUGGAGUUCAAGAUCAUUAUCUGCCUUAUGAUCCGCCAUUUCGAACUGACGAGUACUCCACAUCAUGUUCAGAGCUUUUUCAUUGGAAACCUCCAGUCAUUCGUAGAAGGAGAUGCUCAAAUGCCGAUCCACGUGAAGUUGUUGGCUGUACGUCCGAAGUGCUUACUUUCUUUGACGUGUGCUCAUUAA